AUGAUGCGGUUCAUCAAAUUCCUCCUAGUCAGCCUUCCAGCCUUCUCAUCCGUCGUACAGGCAGAUGACUGCAAGAGCAAUGAGAUCCAACACAAGGAUGUGCUCAAAUGCAGUUGCCAAGGCCACCCAGACAAGUGCCCUGCUCUAACCAAUUGCAACCCUAUCUGCAAUCUGAGUAUAGAUAACAGAAAAACCAAGUCUUGCGUCCCUGGAUGUACGGAUGCUGACGCACCGUGUAAGGGCUGCGGCAUCUGGUUUUCUACCCUCUGCAACCAUAUCCAAGACUGCCUCAAUAAAAAAGCAUGUGAUGCUUCCGGCAAAGUUCAACAAAACGGCCCCAUGGUAUGGAUGUAUUUGCCAGGGGGCAAUGAGCCACUCAUCACGACUACAGACCGCCUUGCUGGAAUCGAGGAAAUGGCCGAUCACCCGACGAUUUAUAAGGAUGCGUUCAACUUUGCUCAAGAUCCAAAGCACUUUGAACCCGAUUCAAGAGCUCUGGUGCUGAAUUCAGUUCGGGCGAGAACCAUGGAGCAGUUUCACAUCCAUAAAUGUUUCAGGCCUACUACUGCAAGCCCCCGAGCUUUGGCGAGACUCGACAAGGCACCACCCAACCUGACCAAGAAACUGGUAGAAAUCCUACCAAAGGGGCCAAAGGAGCCAAGGCUCUGGUGUAUGAGCGUCGCAAAGGGACAGGGUGCGGUCACAGGCUUCGUGGAGGCUAUAGAAGAAUUAUUCCACCGGGGUGGGAAGGAUCCGGUUUGCAAAGGACGUGCUGGCGCAGCUGUCAUACAAGACAAUAAUCAAAGGAGGUGGGGAUGUGUUACCGACAAUCAGCAGGGGCCAUUGCCGUAUUUCUGUGCUGGACAUAACCAUUAA